ACAUCAAAACGCUACAACGACAAUUAGAUAAACGUAGCUUUCAUCGGUGGCUUAGAAGUAAUUCACGUUUCCGUUUUACAUUUUGUUAAUGUGUGCUUUUGCCAAAGUAAGUUAUACAGAUCAGUGUGGCCAAAGGCUGUCGCAAAUAUGUCCACUGUGACAUAGCUAAAGCUAACUAGCCUAUGCUCCGUAUUUUUUACAUUGCAUAGAUAAGGGUUAUAUUUAACAAAAUAACACCGAUUAUUUAAAGGAAUUAAACAUAUGUCCGGAAUAGCUGUCUGAUCCAUGUUAUUGUUUGGUUUAUAAUAUUUGGAUUUGAAGUCUAUCAAAAAUGUCGGCGCAGAAAGACUGUGAGUUUUUAGUGAGCAGAGCUCGGGAGCUGGUCUCUGAUGACCCAUGUGCGGCCAUAGCCUGGCUCAUCACAGGCAGGACCCUGUACCCUGCAGACUUUAACAUACAGUAUGAAAUGUACAUCAUUGAAAGAAAUGCAGAGAGGACAGAUUCAGCUGGGAGACUCCUGUAUGACAUGUUCCUAAAAUUUCCAGAUCAACCAACUGUUUGGCGUGAAAUCAGUGUCAUUACAGCUGCCCUGCGUAGUGACACUCAGGACAAGCAUGCACAGUUUCUACGAGGACUUUUUGAGACACUUACUGGACGUGUGCAGCGUGAAAUGCUGUUGAAAGCCACUGAGCAGUGUUUCAACACUUUGGAGAAGGCAGAAAUGUUGCUGCUUCUUCUAAAGCGUUUCCCAGAGUCUGUGGUUCAACAUGGGGUCAAUUUAGGAGAGACAUUGUUGGAUGCAGAGGUGUCAGAGAAUGUGGAAUCUCCUGUCAACUGCUUUAGAAAACUUUUUGUGUGUGAUGUCCUUCCUCUGGUCAUCAACAACAUGGACAUGCGUUUGCCGACCAGCCUGAUGCAGAAGUACAUGCUGAAAGCAGCUGAAUUCUACAUUGGUUAUGUUACCCGUGGACCUUCACCUGAUGUACAGAUUCAAGGCUCCCAGGAACCUGGGUCUAUAAAAUCACCCAGUAUGUCCCGUGGUUCCCAGCGAUAUGUAAUUGACGGCCUGUCAGAAAAGUCUUCGGUAGUAGCAGAGCCUUGGGAGAAACUUUUGGACAUUCUCACUGUGGUCGGAGCGCGAUGCGAGUGGCAGGGAGACAAAGGACAGAGGUGUUAUGUUGACAUGUUGCUCAGGGUGAGGGAGUUAUGUCGCUACCUGCCAGGCCUGGAGGGAGAAACACGUGCCCGCUGCUGCAGUCAAGUGGUCAUCUGUGCUGCGCUGGUGCUCUUCCGCAGUGCCUUUCUCUAUGUCUCAGCUAUACAGCCUACACUGUUCCAGGGUGUAAACGUGCUGAGCUCAGGGCCGUGGAUCCUCGUAGAGGAUUUAAGCUCAGUGUAUAAUGACAUCGAGGUGGAGAGGGCAUCAGUGAAACAUGCUCAUAAGAAACGCAAACUGGCUGAUGGGAGAGAUAAGACUAUGAGCUCAGAUGAUGAGGAAGGGCUGGGGAAAGGUCGACAGAUUUUAGUAAACAAGACUGACAUGCUCAGUUGGGCAGAGACGCUUGACAGUUUUCGCACAGCGAGGGAGAGCUGGGACCUCCUCCACUCCCAUGAUGCCCUAGAAAAUGAGUUUAAGAAGAUCUGUGCCUCGUGGAAGACAGACUCCUGGCUGUGGUUUAGAAUAUUCAUCACUGACAUGAUCAUAUACCAGGGCCAGUACCGUAAGGCUCUCUCCAGCCUGCACCAGAUGGCCUCAGUGCAGCCUCAGCCUGGACAGCAGAGCCCCUCAGGACAGGCCAGUCUGGAGCACCACAGGGCCCUGAUACAGCAGGCGUCCUGUCACUACGCUCUGGGAGAAUACAGGAUGGCCUGUGAGAAGCUUCUUGAUGUCGUCAGUGGUUUGGUUCCCCCAAACUACGAACCCUCGAAAGUGGCAGAGGAUCAGGGUAGAAUCAAGGGCAAAAUAAGAAAAAACAAUGACCUGAGGCUGCUUCCGUGCACUAGCAAAGCUGUGUUGCCUUUUUGUCUCCAGCUCAUGUUAGCCUGCUUUAAGCUGCGUGCUUUCACUGACAGCCGUGACGACCUCUCUCUGGGUCAUGUGGUGGUGCUGCUGCAGUACGAUUGGCCGCAUGGCGAGACACUGUUUUUAAAAGCAGUCGAGAAAAUCUGUCAGCAGGGCAGUUUCCAGUAUGAGAAUUUCUUCAACUAUGUCACCAAUAUUGACAUGCUGGAGGAGUUUGCCUACCUGCGUACUCCAGAAGGUGGCAGGAUUCAGCUGGAGUUGCUGCCCAAUCAGGGAAUGCUGAUCAAGAACGCUAAUCCUGCCCUGGGGGUGGAGUUAAACACCCUACUACUACAAGGGGUGCAGUCGAUGGACAGACACCACACAGUGACUCGUGGAAUCACCAAAGGGGUGAAAGAGGAUUUCCGUCUAGCCAUGGAGAGGCAGGUGUCACGAUGUGGAGAGAAUCUACUGAGCGUGCUUCACCGUUUCUGCAUCAACGAGAAAAUCAUCAUCAUCCAGUCUCUUCCGUGACACCUGGUUUGUAACUGUUGAACCAGUCAGUUCUUCAUAUUCCAGACAGUUUCAACACAGCUGGACUGAUAUUAAUGAGCUGUCCAUCAUACUGUCUUUAGAUAAAGAGUGAAUUCUCUCAGUUGUUUACAGUGAUUGUGCAUUACUCCUUUUUUUACUCAUGUUACGUGAACUAAACCACACUGGGUUUGUGGUUUUACGAUAUGUUGAUAAUCAGGGGAAAAAAACAACAACGUUCUUUUCAUAUGUUUUGCUAAAGGUUGUUUCUCUUGCAUAACUAAUUGUCCUGUUAGUUCAUCUGAAUGUUGUAAUUAAAUAUUUUUUAAUGUAA